UGGAGAAAAAAAGGUGGGAACCCUGAGAGGUGCUGUAUACGGUAAUCGAAGUUUUUCCCACAUAGCAGUUUAUUAUGCAAUUAAGUUUGUUUACCUCAUAUUUCUGAUUCUGCCAGCGGUUAUUUACUUUAUUUAAUUGCCGGUUUUGAAGCUUCGUUGUUUAUAUGAGCUGUUUUGCCAGAUAAUCUGAAGACGGGAGUUCUCACACUUUUUAGCAAUGUGCUGGAAGCGGGGGGAUAUUUGUUUAGUGGCUAAACGUAAUGUUCGCUGGAUCCAUUUUUUUGGGGGGGUGUUUUUCAUGUUGUCGUGGGCUGGCUGUAGCGACUGAAUCAGUUCAGAGGAAGGUCGUUCAAAUAUAUCCACGUUUUUCCUGCACGUAUCCAAAUUUCAUGGGAUGUGUUCACAUUUUUUCCUCUCACGUUUUAAAACUAUGUGUUUUUCCUGUGAUACGGCGAAGAAGUGCAACAUUGGAGUGCAUGAAACACUCAGCGACCUGUGGAUUACAGCAAGCUAGCCAAGGUUAGCUAGCUUCUUGGGUCUAUAGAAGUUCGGCUACAUAGCUGGAUUUUUGGAAAGAAGAGGACACCCAGAUUUCUAAAUGAUCCAGCAUUAAUCUUAAAGAAUUGCUUUAUAAUACGGAAAUACGGUCUGUGUGCCUUUCAACAGUGGAACCUCGUUUAUCGUGGAAUGAGGCCGUGGCUAGUUACUUUCUAGUUUAGCUAACGUUAGCGGUGUGGGAUUUAUUUUUUUCUCGAAUCGGAAUACUUUAAAAAGAAAAAUCAAACAUUAAAGUGAACUAUCCCAUACAAUUGUAGGAAAUGACUAUUUUUAUUCGCAAAUGUGUCGCCAGAACACACGAUCAAACUAUUUAGUGGUCAUCUUUUUCAGGGAGAACCGAAAUCCCAAAGUUAGCUGAGAAGAUAUUGCUGUUAAUUAAGAUACAACCACGUUGGACCCCUGGCCCCUUUUUAAGGGGGCUAACUGGACUAGCUAGCUUGAUUUAUAUUCUCCUUUUGAACACUUUUUUGUUUGUAUUGGAUUUCUUAAACGAACUUUGGAUAUCUUCAAAACACACACAGAGAACACACUCGAAGUCACAAUGCAGUUUGGGACUUCAGCGGUUGUUUUGGUUACUUUUAUCUACAUUGGAUGUCACUGUGUCCUAACAAAUGGAGAAAUCUGUCAGAGUAAGGAUAUCCGUAACAACGUGACCAACCUGCAGUUAUUAGAGAACUGCACAGUAAUUGAGGGCCACUUGAAGAUCCUCCUCAUGUUCAAGGCCAAGCCCGAGGACUUCAGGGGCCUCAGCUACCCCAAGCUGACCGUUGUCACCGACUUCCUCCUCCUAUUUAGGGUCUAUGGUCUAGAGUCCCUCAGCAAUCUGUUCCCCAACCUGACGGUGAUCCGAGGCAACAACCUGUUCUUCAACUACGCCCUGGUUCUGUUUGAGAUGGUGGACCUUAAGGAGCUGGGGCUCCAGAGCCUCAUGAACAUCACCCGGGGAGCCGUGAGGGUGGAGAAGAACCCGGACCUCUGCUACCUCUCCACCCUGGACUGGUCCAAGAUCCUGGACACAGUGGAGGACAAUUACAUUGUGGCCAAUAAGAAUGACCGGGAGUGUGGGGAUGUGUGCCCAGGCACGGCCUAUGGGAAGACCACCUGUCCUCAGACUACCAUCAAUGGACACUUUGGAGAGCGCUGCUGGACUCAGAACCACUGUCAGAGAAUGUGUCCCUCCACCUGUAAGCAUCGGGCCUGUACCCAGCAUGGCCACUGCUGCCACGACCAGUGCCUGGGAGGCUGCUUGGAGGCAGGCAAAGCCAGCAGCUGUGUGGCCUGCCAGAACCUCCAGCACCAGGACACCUGUGUGGACCACUGUCCCCAGGGAUACUACAUCUUCAAGGGCUGGCGCUGUGUCUCUCUCUCCUUCUGCCAGGACCUUCACAACCAGUGCAAGAAUGGAAAGAGCAGCGACUGCCAUGAGUACGUCAUCCACAACAAAGCCUGCAUCCCAGAGUGCCCCUCGGGGUACACCACCAUCAACUCUACCGCGUUGAACUGUACCCCGUGUGCGGGGCUGUGUCCUAAGAUGUGUACAGGGCUGAAGACAGUGGACUCUGUGACAGCAGCCCAGGCUUUGAGAGGAUGCACCGUGCUCAACGGCAGCCUGAUCAUCAAGAUCCGUGGAGGGAACAACAUAGCAGCAGAGCUGGAGGCUAACCUGGGUCAGCUGGAGGAGAUAACAGGCUACCUGACCAUCAAGAGAGCCUAUGCCCUUGUCUCUCUCUCCUUCCUCCGCAAGCUACACCUCAUCCGCGGAGAGACGCUGACCCAAGAUGGGAACUACUCGUUCUACGCGCUUGACAACCAGAACCUGCGUCAGCUGUGGGACUGGAACAAACACAACCUGACCAUCCUUCAGGGGCGCAUGUUCUUCCUUCACAACGCCAAGCUGUGCAUGUCUGAGAUCCGCAAGAUGGAGGAGGUGACGGGCACCAAGGGGAGAGACAUCAAGAAUGAAAUCGCCGGCAGGACCAAUGGAGACCAGGCCUCCUGUGAGAACCAGGUGCUGAAGUUCACCACGGUGCGCACGCAGUCAGACAAGAUCCUCAUCAAGUGGGAACCCUUCUGGCCGCCUGACUUCAGAGACCUACUAGGCUUCAUGGUCCUCUACAAAGAGGCGCCCUAUAAGAAUGUGACAGAGUUUGAUGGCCAGGAUGCGUGUGGCUCUAACAGCUGGGUGAUAGCUGACAUAGACCCUCCACCCCGGGCCUCGGAGGGGAAGGAGCAGGGAGAGCCUGGCUACCUCAUCCAUACUAUGAAACCCUAUACCCAGUACGCCAUCAUGGUCAAGACCCAGCUCUCCGCCUCAGAUGAACACCAGGUCCUCGGGGCAAAGAGUGAGAUCAUCUACGUCCGCACCAAUGCCACCAAGCCGUCGGUGCCGCUGGACCCCAUCUCAUCAUCCAACUCGUCCUCUCAGAUCAUCCUGAAGUGGAAGCCCCCCACGGACGCCAAUGGCAACAUCACUCACUACCUGGUGUUCUGUCAGCAGCAGCCCGAGGACAGCGACCUCUACAAGUUUGACUACUGUCAAAAAGGAAUGAAGCUGCCAUCGCGGGUGCCUACCCAUCUGGACACUGACGAGGAGCAAAAGUGGAACCAGACAGACGAGUCUGGGCCAGGGAACCGCUGCUGUGCCUGCCCCAAAACAGAAACCCAGCUCAAGAAGGAGGCUGAGGAGUCAGAGUACCGCAAGACCUUCGAAAACUACAUCCACAAUGAAGUGUUUAAAGUCAGACCGUCUCGUCGGCGCCGCUCAGUGGGCGUGGCCAACGCCACCCUUCCGCACUUCCUGACCACUCCCCCCACCCUGCCCAACGCGUCCACCACGCCCAGCCCAGAUGGCGAGGGGGUGGAGGGCUCUAAGGUGACGUUGGUGGUGUAUGCCAAGGAGUCGACCGUCAUCUCCAACCUGCGUCACUUUACCAGCUACCAGAUAGAGAUUCAUGCCUGCAACCACCCCACAGACCCCCAACGCUGCAGCAUGGCUACCUACGUCAGCGCCCGCACCAUGCCCGAAAAGAAAGCUGAUGACAUUGUGGGCCAGGUGACCCAUGAGAUGGUGUCGGAGCACCCAGAGUCUGUCCACAUCAAGUGGCUGGACCCCAAAGCCCCCAAUGGCAUGAUCAUCCUGUACGAGGUCAACUACAAGAGGUUGGGAGACCUUGAGGAGCUGCAUCACUGCGUGUCCAGGAAGGCCUACACCCAGAUCGGCGGCUGCAGGCUGAGAGUGGUGCAUCCUGGGAACUACACCGUGAGGAUACGUGCCACAUCGCUGGCAGGAAACGGCUCCUGGACCGAACCCACCUUCUUCUUCAUGCCCGACAAGGACACCACUUCACUGAAGAUUAUCAUUGGCUCAGUUAUCUGCUUCAUCCUGCUGCUAUUCGUAGGAGGUGGAGUCUUCAUGAUCUUCAAGAAGAAACAAACUGAGGGACCCACUGGACCUCUGAUCGCCUCGUCCAACCCAGAGUACCUGAGCGCCAAUGACAUGUACGUGCCUGAUGACUGGGAGGUGGCGAGGGAGAAGAUCAACAUCUUGAAGGAGCUGGGUCAGGGCUCAUUUGGCAUGGUCUACGAGGGCAUCGCCAAGGACAUUGUGAAGGGCGAGCCGGACACGCGUGUGGCGGUGAAGACGGUCAAUGAGUCGGCCAGUCUGAGAGAGAGGAUAGAGUUCCUCAACGAAGCGUCGGUCAUGAAGGCCUUUAGCUGCCACCACGUGGUGCGUCUGCUGGGGGUGGUGUCUAAAGGCCAGCCCACUCUGGUGGUGAUGGAGCUGAUGACCCACGGGGAUCUGAAGAGCUUCCUGCGCUGCCUCCGACCAGACUCUGAGAGUAACCCCACAGGGAAGCCCCCUCCCACACUGAAGGAGAUGAUUCAGAUGGCGGGGGAGAUAGCAGACGGCAUGGCCUACCUCAACGCCAAAAAGUUUGUCCACAGAGAUCUGGCCGCCAGGAACUGCAUGGUGGCUGAGGACAACACCGUCAAGAUCGGAGACUUUGGCAUGACCAGAGACAUAUAUGAGACGGAUUACUACCGUAAGGGAGGGAAGGGUCUGCUUCCUGUCAGGUGGAUGGCUCCUGAAUCUCUGAAGGACGGAGUGUUCACCGCACAUUCAGACUGCUGGUCAUUUGGUGUGGUAUUGUGGGAGGUCAGCACCCUAGCAGAGCAGCCUUACCAAGGCCUGUCCAACGAACAGGUCCUCAAGUUCGUCAUGGACGGAGGAUACCUAGACAAACCAGAGAACUGCGUAGAGCGGAUCCACAACCUGAUGUCGAUGUGCUGGCAGUACAACCCCAAGAUGCGUCCCACCUUCCAGGAGAUCAUCGAGAUGUUGAAGGAGGAUGUUCACCCCAGCUUCCGGGAGGUCUCCUUCUUCUACAGCGAGGAGAACAAGCUCCCCGAGACAGAGGAGUUUGACUUGGACCUGGAGAACAUGGAGAGCAUCCCACUGGACCCAUCGUCCUACUCCCAGAGAGAGGACAGCGACAGUGCAUCCAGAGACAAUGGAUCCAGCCAGAACCUAAGGGGCAACUAUGAGGAACACGUGCCCUACGCACACAUGAACGGUGGCAAGAAAAACGGACGAAUCCUAUCAUUGCCGAGAUCCAGCCCUUCCUAACAUUUCCUAAGGUUUUCUUCCUCCUUUCAAACUAUUUAAAUUGUUUAACUCUUGCUGAAGCCCAUAAGAAAACUGAUCUCAGGACAUGUAUUUUCUUCCUCACAGCUGCCAAGCAUGGUGGGACACACGAUGCAAACAUUUUGGUAUAUGUUGAAAGACAUUUUUGCAUUUAUCCAGAAUCAUCUACUACAACUUUCUACUAUCUUUAUUUUUUUGUUCACUAUUGCCAUGUUUCCAGGACUGGUUGAUGGAAAAAGAAAAAAAAACUGAACACUUCUCGCUCUUUCCAGGCUGCCCCAUCUCUCUUCCAUUCUCUUGAAAACCUUUUCAGAUAGUGGCCUUUUUAUUUGUGGCCUGUUAACAAAGAGAAGUGUCCAUCAAUACUUGUAUUAAUUUCCUUUGAAUUUCCUUUGAAAUUAGACAGGUUUGAACCAUGGGAUGGCAUAAACUCUCUAGAACAAAUGUCUAUUCGUAGAGAAACUUUUUAUUUAAUUUUUUUGUGCAGAAUUCCAAACUUUACGGAGAUUAUUUUGGUGUUUGGUGAAUAGUUCUAAUUUAUUAGCAUUUUUUUGUCUCACUUUUUCAGUUUUAUUUCUGAGUCCUCACAUUAUGGCUGAAGGAUAUUUAAACAGUUAAAAGUUGGGCAAAAUAGUUCCUCAGACUGACCAAUAGCUGCUGCUUUCAUAUAUUUUUGUGGAUAUAGAAUAUAUAAUAUAUAUAGUAUAUAUGGAAUAUUUGGUAUUUAUAUCAAUAUUUUAUAUAGAAUAUAUAGAAUAUAGAUGUUUUUGUACAUAUUUCUUAUUUGUAAUGUUUUCAUCUGACGCUUUUCUGGUAAAAUUGUUUGUUUUUUUGUCUGUCUUUUCUCUCUCUCUAACCCCAGAUAUCACACUAAUCGGUCACCAGUGCUCUGUUGUCUUAGACCUCCACACGUGAUUUUACUUCUCUUUCAAACCCUCAGGAGAACCCUGUUCUCCUCAGCAACAAAGGGCAGCCCACUAUUUUAGAAAAAUCAUGGCAUCUUUCAAAUGUUGUUCGUCCUGUCAGUGGAAGCGUUUGGGUCGGCCACUAUGCUAAAAUGACAAGAACCAAAAACUGAAUUGGGAAUGAAUGGUGCCUUGGUCUGAUGGAGCCAUGGUGUAGAUGUCCAUGUUGUGUUAAAAUGUGUCUGUUUGGUUGAUCAUUAGCGAUCUGUUUGAUUGAUUGAUGUUAUCGGUGGGGCUAGAAAUGUGAUGUCUGCUUGCUUGGACAGACAGUUUGUCUUGGCCUGAUGAUUGUACUUGGCUUGUGCGCUCUUGGCUUGUGCUGUUGGUAGUGGGAUUUUAUAGGGUUAUAGUUGGGUCAUAGGAGACCCAUCUACCUAUCUAUCUCCUCCACUGGAGUCAGAAGCCCAUAUAGGUGGAUGUAUUGCAGGACCACAUACCAUCAGGGCUUUGAGAGAAAUAUAAUGCCGUGCUUCAUAUGAGUAACGAGCAUCAGCUCUACUCCAGCACAACCCCCAUGUCCUCAGACAACUGGUUUUGUUUUGACCCUACCACCACCCUGCGCCCUCUCCCCACAUAACGAUAGCCUCAUUGGCUGUAAUGUUCGCUGACACAGGAAGGAGGUCAGAAUCAGGCUGCUGGUGGAAUUUUCCAUGUUACUGUGGUUGUAUGCUUUUGAUUUUGAACAUUUUGGAAAGUUGCUAUUGCAUUCAGAGUCCACAGCGGGCAGCAGCGAAAGAGAGGGAGGGAGCCGUUAGAUGAAGGUGUGUGUGUGUCGGUGUGUACUAACGGAGAGAGGUGGUGUACAGGUGGUGGUUUGGUAUGAGUCAGGACAUGCUGUAGCUGUACAACAAGUGCUGCUUUACCCCCAGGGCUGGGCUAACAUUCUACUAUUGGCAGUGGAGACCGUGUUCGGACUUGUCCUGAUUUGUUUUUAAAGUACACACACACUUAUUCUAUGUGGCACAAAUCACAAAUUGGUGUUAACUACAUAAAGAUUGAUUGAAAAGUGUCUACAUGGCAUUCCCAUUGAGAAGCACAAAUAGCCCAAUCAUUAGUAGUUCACACACACACACACACACACACACACACACACACACACACACACACACACACACACACACACACACACACACACACACACACACACACACACACACACACACACACACACACACACACACACACACACACACACACACACACACACACACGUCUCUAUUUGUCCCACUAUCCCUCCCUCUAGCCAAAGGCAGUGAUACUCAUUGUCUAUUGUCAGAAGCAUUGAUAAGGGACAGAAAAGCACAGACAGGAGCUAAGGGUAAGUCAAUCUGACCAGCAGUUUGAGCCUGUGUGGCUGUUAAGAGCUUACAGUUGUAGGCCUGGUGUUAUUAACCCUAACCUGCCCAUUCAUCUUCGCCCCGUUAUCACUGUUUACCCCUCUGUCUGUAUGUCUGUCUGUAUCGGCGAUGGUGGAACCGCAUCAGCCUCCACCCAGUGCUUUCUCAACCAACCACAGACCAGAGAGAUGGAUGGACAUUGCACAGGCUGGUUACUGUUUGUUUGUUGGCACAUACUCAUGUUAAUGUGUGUGUGUGUGUGUGUGUGUGUGUGUGUGUGUGUGUGUGUGUGUGUGUGUGUGUGUGUGUGUGUGUGUGUGUGUGUGUGUGUGUGUGUGUGUGUGUGUGUGUGUGUGUGUGUGUGUGUGUGUGUGUGUACACAUGUUAGACAGAGUGAGAGAAAUACGACUCGUAGAUGGGAGCUAAAUCCAUACCGUAAAUCUCAAGUAGUACUUAGAGAUGAUGAGAAAGAUAUGGCAGUUGCUAAAUAACUUGUAUCUCUCUCUGUUUCUACGGGGAACAUCAGCUUGUGAGGGAACAUCGGCUUGUGAGAGAGGUAUGUGGCUAGUUUUUGGUCAGUUGUAAGGGUUGAAUGGCAAGUUCAUUUAGUGCUAUGUAUGGUGUUCAAAGUUUAAGCAAUGUUAAACCACCUUUCUGGUUCUCGCUGAUUCUUGAUCUACUCCACUUACUCGAAUGCCCCCCAAAAUGUUUGUUUUCUUCCUCAAUCAGUUACACUCUCAUACAUUUUUACUUUGUAAAUACUAAAGAAUAUAUUGUCUGGAAAAAAAAGAGCGAAAAAGUGGGAAACCUCCCUCACAACUGUGCAUACAGUACAUGCCCAUAACGAGAGAUAAAUGGUGGAUCUCUCCACAUAUGACCAUUGUCUCUUUAUGGCGGUGUAUACACGUGUAUGCAAUUUUCAAUUCAGAAGAUCACCACCAUCUUUGAAAAAUUACAGAUAUUUAAUAUUUUAUUUAUUGUAUUAUUGUAUAUAAAAAAAACACUGUUCGCUUUUUGUCAGUUUUUUAAAUAUUGAAAGUCAGGUAAAAAAAAAACGAGUUAAGGGUAGAGCUAUAAAUGUGAAAAGGAGUUGGUAGUUGUAGUUUCUAUGUAUUUGGCCACAGUCUACCUCAGUGUGUGUUUGGAGGAAUCAGUUUGAGACUACAGCAUCUUUCUUCAUCUGUCAGUCUGUUGGUAUCCCUGUAGUUCAAAUCAGAGGACGGGGACAGCCCCUUUAAAGAGAUUAAAAAGAUAAGACCCUGUGUGUUUCUCAACAUGCGUACUAACAUGCUCCGAGCACGCAAAUUGGACCACGAGAGGGUCGGAUUAUGAGUCCAAAUCAAGGUAUACAUAAUCUCGAAUGCAUACUCCGUUUGUAAAUAUUUUUGAAGCAUGCAUCGAUGCACACUUCAACAGAAAGUAUACAAAGAAAUAUGACGCAACCACGUAAAAAAUUAUGUAACAUUUUUUUACAUCAAUGGAGGGCAUUAGUUGAGCUGAAGAGAGAGAAAAUACACAUCAACCUCGGAAUGAAAUGCAUAUUCACAUGUCAUAUGUUGCCAGACUACAAUAUUUUUUUCUUGAUACCUUCAUAAAUACCUGCUGUUUACCUGCCUACUUACAAUAGAUUGCAAGCCCAUAAUAAGUAAAUAGGGCUAACUGGCUAGCUACUACUGUUAGCUAGCCAGAUAGCCAUGAAGAAUUGCUAGCUGAACUACCCACGCAUAACUGACAUCUAUUUUUAUUUAACCUUUAUUUAACAUCUAUCUUGCAUAAUAUUUGUUUUAGUUUAACAGGCAAAAAUGAUCUAUCUGUUUAGUUACAUUAUUAUGAUUCACAUUUAGCUGAUAGUUAUUAAGUAAAAAAGUUGCUUUGUGUAUAUCUUGUUUCGUCUCUCAUGCCAUUGUCCUGGCUGGAAGACGGUUCAGUGAAUGGCUAAGUCCAUAGUAAGUCAAUAGGGAUAACUGGAUAACUAGCUAGCCACAAAGAAUUGGUAGCUACCCGUGAAAAAUGUACAUCUACCUGGCAUAACAUUAGUUUCAGGUCAUUUUUUGCAUUUUUUGUUUAACUAGCUGGCUAGCUAGAUUAUUACGAUUCACAUAUCCAUCUGAUAUCUAUGAAGUAAAACGUUUGCUUUGUGUAUAUCUCGUUUCGUCUAUUGCUGCCAUUGUCCUGGCUGAAAGACGUUUCAGUGAAUGGGGAGGUGAAGCGUAAGGUAAUAUACAGUUGAAGUCGGAAGUUUACACACACUUGGAAUUAAUCACACAGCUGGAAUUAAUCAUUCUCUCUACUAUUAAUCUGACAUUUCAAAUUCUUAACAUAAAGUAGUGAUCCUGACUGACCUAAAAAUUGAAUUUUUACUAGGAUUAAAUGUCAGGAAUUGUGAAAAACUGA